UCGCGACAAAACCUAGUCAAGGCCGUGAUUGUCCAUAAACCGAUUUGCGACCUCAUUUUGUGAUUGCUGGCAUUGGCACACAUCCUUGUCACCUGAUCAAACCCACUCUCGGAAGCAAUCCGACUCAUUUCUGCGCCGCGCUGAAAAUUCCACUUGCGCGCAAAAAGUCUUCUGCCCUCCGACACGAUCAAUCACAUUUUCUCCUCCUUUGACAAGUCACAAUCUGACCUUUGAUCGCGCCCUGAACUCUUCAUACGCGACAGCCACAAUGGCCGAACCACCUCGCGACAUCUCCUCCAUCCUCGCUGCCCUAGGCGCAGCACAAAGAGGCACGUCUUCGACGCCGACUCAAGGACAGCCCGGCAUGCCGCCUAGCUAUCCUCCUCCUCCCGGCGGCCAGCCGCCUCCUUCCUACCCCCCGAUGCCCCAGCAGAACGCGCCUCCGUAUGGCGGCGGCGGUGGCUACCCGGGACUGCCCCAACCUUCAUCCAGCGGCAGUCUGGAUCUUAGCUCGAUCCGACCCGUCAACUCUGGCACAGUCAGCAUCGCCGAUGCCAUUGCGCAAGCCAAGGCCUUUGCUGCUGAGAAGGGCGUGACAUCUUACGACCGACCCCUCGUCUACUCCAACGAAGCUCCCCGCGGCCAGGAUCCUCGAGCCUACGGCCGAUCCUCGCGGUCACGCUCUCCUUCCAACCGUCGCGACCAGUUCCGCGAUAACUUUAACCCCUACAGAGACGAGCGCCGGGAUGACCGCCCUGCUCCACGAGACUAUGGUCACCGCGAGCGAUCUUACAGCCCCGGCCCGCGUGGUCGCACUUUCUCUCCUCGCAACUCCAACGGCAGAGAGCGAUCUCCACUAAGAGGAAGUGGCGGCGGUGACGACAACGCCGAGACAAUCCAGAUCGAGUCGAGCCUUGUUGGUCUCAUUAUCGGUAGACAAGGCGAGAACCUUCGUCGCAUCGAGUCAGAGUCCAACUGUCGGGUGCAGUUCCUUCCCUCCAGCGACAACGGCCCUUUCCGCCAGUGCAAGAUCAGUGGUCCCAGGGCACAACGCAGUGAAGUCAAGGAGGCCAUCAACCGCAUUAUCGACGAUAGCGGCAUGGGCGCCAUCAACCGCGGCGCUGCGAACCCCAAGGGGCCUCCACCCCGCGACCACCGCGGCGGACCACCUGGUGCAGGCGCCGCUGCCGCUGCCGGAGCUGGAGCUGCAGCUCUUCGCGAAGGCGAGGACUGCAUGCAGAUUAUGGUUCCCGAUAGAACCGUGGGCCUAAUCAUCGGUCGCGGUGGCGAGACCAUUCGCGAUUUGCAGGAGCGGUCCGGCUGCCACAUCAAUAUUGUUGGUGAAUCCAAGAGUGUCAAUGGACUUCGACCGGUCAACCUCAUCGGCUCUCGUGAAUCAGCUGCACAAGCUAAGGAUCUGAUCAUGGAGAUUGUGGAUAGCGACAGCAGAAACGAGGGUCAACCUGCAGCCCCCGCCAAGAAGCCGCAGAGACACGAUGGUGGUGGUCAUCAGAGAGACUCCGGGCCCAUGGGUGGAGCGGGCGGCGGCAGCGGUGACAAGAUCAACGACGCCAUCUACGUCCCAUCCGAGGCUGUGGGCAUGAUUAUUGGCAAGGGAGGCGAGACCAUCCGUGAUAUGCAGAACGGCACUGGUUGCAAGAUCAAUGUUGCCCAGUCCUCCGGUCCAGGCGAGGUUCAGCGAGAGAUUGCCCUCAUCGGCUCGCGCGAUAGUAUCGCCAGAGCCAAGCAAGCGAUUGAAGAGAAGGUCGACGCCGUGCGCCAGAAGAACUCUGGAGGCGGUGGCGGCGGUCGCGGUCGUCAAAAUCAAGACUAUGACAGAAGCUACUCUCAACAGGGAUCUAACCCAUCAGCAUCAGGAUCUGCUAACCCGCCAGCUGCUCAAGCUCCCGCUGGAGCCGACGGAGCCGACCCGUAUGCGCAAUAUGGUGGAUACCAGAACUACCUCGCGCUCUGGUACCAGUCCCUCGUUUAUCAGCAACAACAAGGUGGCGGUGCGGCCGGUCAGCCCGGUGCAGCGCCUCCUGGAGCCUCAUAGAGGUUUUUGCAUGCACCCUUUCCGGUAGGGGACAUGCUUGUGUGAUGUGAUUGAUCACUUGCCUUGGACCUCGACUUGAUGCCUCUUUUCG